CUCGUGAUCUCUGGAAUGGAGUAUCUUUUUGCUUUGUUUAUGGCAGAGUCGGACGUCAAAAGCAUUCCUACCCUGUGCGUUCAAGCCUUCAGGGUAAGAGUUUGGGUCUGCGUAAAGGCUAUAACUUUGCACGCCAAACGGACCUAGGGAAGGCUUGGUGGCUUUGUAGCAGGCCUGGCCCCUCAGUCAUUCCCGAAACCAUGUCGAAGCACAAAUAUGGCGGCCGAGGAGGAGUGGUAUUUUGAGGAGGAAGGGUGCCUUCAGUUCAGUGGCCGUCCAAUCUCAGUUACAUUUUCCCCAGCGUCAAACUGCUUCAUCUGUACGCUCGAGGAUGGGACGAUUGAGGUUGUGGAUGCGCGUUCCAGUUUGCGUUUGAAGCGAACAUCGACAGCAGAGAACACAGGGCCUCUGCAGUGCAGAUUUUGUCCUGAAGUGGAGAAGCUGUUCAUUACAAAUGGAUAUGUCUCUGGGUUACGGAAGGAUCUCAAUGGUGUGUUGCUGCUGGACAGCAUCUUACAACCUCCUCUUAAAGGUCCCUGCUUGGAUCCAGUUGUGUUGGAGCUAACCCUCUCAGAUGUAAGUGUUAAACUCUAUAACAAUCACAAGGUCCUAUUUUCCAGUUGGGGAAUCAGAAAUGCUGACAACAAUGACAGUGAUGUUGCUGAUGACUGCAUUGGCAGCAGCAGUGGUGCUGGUGGUGACAAUGAAGACAACAAUGACACAUCAAUCAUUUCUUUUGAUUAUAGUUCUCAACAGAGUUUGGAGCAAAAGAAAGCUUCUGAAAAGUUUAGUUAUUAGAUGUUUGGCCUGGAAGGGACUCAACAAAGUUUUAUACAGGGAGGCUUCACCCGAAGUCCAACGCCUUACCCUUUUGUAUACCAUUUUGACAUGAAAGGUACCUCUUUCAUAUACCUUUCAUUGAAAAAGUUAUCCAUUUCACAUAUGUACUUAAGAAUAUCGUGUCUCUUUUCUAAACCCUUGAAAUGAAGUUAGUGAUGUAAAGCUUAAUAAAUUAGAUGAUACAGCUCUAAGGUGGGUCUGUGCAAAGUAUUUUAAUUAGAGUCCCUUUCAAAUACCUAAAUGACAGAUUUCCCUACCUUUUCAUAUACUUCAACUUAUGAAAUCCCUACCCUUUUAUAUACCUGAAGCCUGAAAAAGGUACCCCUUUAGGGCAGAGCCUCCCCCUGUAGGCCAUUAUAGCAAGUACCCCUCUCCCAUGGGUGUUUGACUUUAUAAGGCUUACAUUGUAGUUUUGAAAAGUGUAAUUGUGUCAAGAACAUGAUCAGUGGCAGUAAAAUCACAAAAAAUUAUUAAUAGUACAUUCCUCAGCUUAUUCAGAUUAGUUAUUUUUACAGCUACAUCCUUUUCUUAUAUAUCUAAUACUGGUUGAACAAGCUUUUCCAGCUGGAAGAAACAUAUAGAUGCAUUUUUAAUGAAAUAAUGGUGAAUUGCUCAAGCCAUGCACACAAAGCUAAAAAGUAAAGCUACAUUGGCAAUUAAGGUGGCCUCUGCUAAAAGCCUAGUGGUUUUUGGAGGUCCCAGUUACCCUAUCUAAUUUGUUGCACUUGUAUGUAUUUUUUUUUAUAUUGUGGAAAAUAAAUGAUAAUGAUAGAGAUUGUGUAACUUUUUAGGUAUAGCUUCCAAAAAACUGUGGAAACACUCACCUGUGGGCUUGUGUUCCCACAGCAUCUCUCAUUCUCCCAAACUUCCAUGUGUGUUUGUGUAACUUGAGAGGAACAUGGUACAUGUUUAA